CCUGCGCGUGUUAAUUAGUAGCCUGUUAGUCAGUAGUUACGGUUCUUUAAACGACUCAGAAAUACAUAUAAAAGUAAUAAUGGUGUGUUGAUAACACAACAAAUUCGGAUUUAUUUAAACAUGUGGAUGUUGGAAACAACUGUGUUUUUUUGCAGCGAGCUCGCGCACCGGGGCUUAAUUCUCUUGCGGUUAGCUUGUUACAACUUUGUGGAAAUAUGUAACUGCAACAAAUGAGACUGAAACAUGGAGCAGUCGGCUACUCUCGACAUAGAGACGCUCAAGAUUACCCAGGAGCAGUUUAUCCUCGCGUCCCAAUCCCUGCAUCUCCAUCGGCCAGGCGGAGUUGCCGUGUACCCAGUGGGUCUGUACGGCUGGAGAAAAAGAUGCCUCUACUUCUUGCUGCUGCUGCUCCUGGUCACCAUGAUAGUUAACCUGGCCCUCACUGUCUGGAUCAUAAAGGUUAUGAAUUUCUCAGUGGACGGAAUGGGAAGCCUUCAGUUGAAGCAGGAUGGGAUUCGCCUGGAAGGAAUCUCUGAGUUUCUCCUGCCUCUCUACGUGAACGAGAUCCAGUCUCGAAGGGAUAGCUUGUUGAUCUUGGGCUCGGAGAAGAACGUAACGCUGAAUGCCCGAAACGCCCACGGCCAGCUGACCGGUCGGCUCACAGUGGGACCUGAUGGCGUGGAGGCCCAGUGCCGGAGGCUGCAGGUACGGAGUCGAGACGGAAGCCGACUGCUGUUCGCUGCAAAUGAGGAGGAGGUCGUCACGACAACAGAAAGGUUCACCGUCACAGGCUCGGAAGGUGCCGUGUUCGGACAUUCAGUUGAAACUCCCCUGAUCCAGGCGAAAGCUUCUGAAGACCUGAAGCUGGAGUCUCCGACAAGGACCUUAACCAUGGAGGCCCCCAGAGGGGUGGAGGUGAGCGCUGCCAAGGGCCCCCUGAAGGUCAGCGGGCGGAAGGAUCUCCAGCUGGAGUCCACAGAGGGCGAGAUACUUUUAGAUGCCCAAACCAUCCAGCUGGGUCGCCUGCCGCUCGGCGUCUACACGGAGUCGCCCAACCAGGCCUCCGGCGAGCAGGCCGUGUACGAGGUGUGCGUCUGCCCCAGCGGCAAGAUCUACCGGGCCCCGGCCGAGACCAGCUCCACCUGCCAGGCCAUGAGCAACAUCUGCCUCUGGAGCUGACCUGGGAGCAGUGUUGUUGACGGAGGACGUCUCUAACAUCUGCCUCUGGAGCGGCGGAGCUGGAGAAUCCUCCGUCGGUACAAAGUUGAGCGCAGCCCGGCGGCGAUGGAGCUCGAACUCUAAAACGUGCAGAUCGGAAGAACCCGAGUGUUCGGCCUGCGGCGAGCGGUAGCUCUCUGAAAUCAGGAAUAUCGAAUAACGGGAACAUUUCCCACUGUUAGUCAGAGGACGCGCCCUUUAUUUUUCUACGUGAUUGUAGACAUGCAGUGACUAUUUUUAAGAUUCCGAGGGUAGAUGAGAAGAGGAACAAGGUGCCUUCGGCUUUGAAGGAACUAUUGAACCCGUCUGUCAUCAGAGAAAUCUUUUUAACAUUUGAUGUAAGACGAGUAAGCACAAUUCUGUCAUGUUUGAGAAGAAAACAAUGCAUUUGUUUCUUCUAUUUAAAAUAAGCAAUAGAUCGAUAGAUGAGUUUUUCUCCCGUUUCCAGCUAUUUAAUUUGAAAUAAAAACUGUUUUUAUGCG